AUGAGUGCGGAUGACGACAUAACCAGGCAGGAACGUCCCGCCGAAGCCUCCGUGGGUGGCGGCCUCGCGCUCUUCACCGACCUCUACCAGCUCACGAUGCUCCAGGCCUACUUUGAGGAGCGCAUGACGGAGCGGGCCGUCUUCAGCCUCUUCGUCCGCCGUUUGCCGCCCCGCCGCAACUUCCUCAUCGCCUGCGGACUCGACAUCGUCCUUGAAUACCUCGAAUCACUCCGUUUCACCGUGCAAGACCUGACAUACCUCGAUUCGCUCGAAAUAUUCUCCGACCGUUUCCUCGCGUGGCUUGCCGACCUCCGGUUCACGGGCGAUGUCCACGCCGUCCGUGAAGGCACCCCAGUCUUCGCGAACGAACCAAUCUUAGAGGUCGAGGCCCCCUUGCCCGAGGCGCAGGUCAUUGAGACCUUCGUGAUGAACCAGGUCCAGUUGCAGACCAUGCUGGCAUCGAAGGCCAAUCGCGUGGUCACGGCUGCCCGGGGCCGUUCGGUCAUCGACUUCGGCGCGCGACGGAUGCACGGGACCGACGCCGCCCUCAACGCCGCUCGCGCAUUCUGGAUCGCCGGCGUCAACGCGACCUCCAACGUCCUCGCGGGAAAGCAGUUCGGCAUUCCAGUUGCCGGCACGUUGGCACACAGCUACAUCCAGGCCCACGGCGACGAGGCCGCCGCCUUCCGCGCCUUCGCCAACCUCUACCCCUGA